GUCAUCAGUAGUGUCACAUGAUAAACGUUACGUCCAAGAUGGAGGGGCGUGCAUGCCGGUCAUGUCGUCUGCACCACAUAUCUGCGGUUCUUUUGCUUUUCUUGGUGACAAUAGCAACAGGAGCAGAGAUCAAGGCUACAGCGUACCUGGCACAAAUCAAGGCUACAGCGUACCUGGCACAAGGGAAGGUCCAGGUGAAACUGGGCGUGUUGGACAAACAGAACGGAGAUGCCAUCGCUACCUAUGAUGACAGACUAACAGAGACUGGCUGGGGGGUGUUGAACGUGGUGUCUGGGUUCGGUCCUAAGAAGCUGAGUGACAAUGACAUCAUGUACCUGGCAGGGUACCUGGAGGGAGUCCUCACACAGGAGAGAAUAUACCAGCAUUACCUGAACCUGUUUGGGAUCUUUUUCCAAGGAAAGUCGACAGAUUUAGUCAACAAGGUGAAGAAGUUCUACAGAGCUCAGGACACCUGGGUGCGAGCGCAGGUGAAACAGUCGACAGACCCUGUCAUGGAGCACCUGUCCUACAUCCUGUCUCAGUACGAUGGUCUGGUGAAGGGUUACAAUGACAAUGUCGAUGAAACAGUGAAACUGGACAUUUUUGCCUUCCAACUGCUGAACGGAAAUGGUGACACGUUUGACAUCAUCCCCUCUGUGAACCCUUCAUCACGGCCAAACUUCUCCAACAUGAGUCGGGGUGACCUGGAGGACUGGGUGUCGUCACACAGCCACUGUUCCGCUCUUGUUAAGGUUCUGGGUGCAUAUGAGAACGUGUACAUGUCCCACUCCAGCUGGUUUAACUAUGCUGCCACCAUGCGCAUCUAUAAACACUACAACUUCAACAUCGCCAACCCUGCCACUGCUGCCAGGAGGAUGUCCUUCUCAAGUUAUCCAGGUUAUCUGGAGUCCCUGGAUGAUUUCUACCUGAUGGACAGUGGACUGGUCAUGCUGCAGACCACCAACAAUGUCUUCAACACGACCCUGUAUGACCUGGUCACUCCUGAGUCCAUCCUGGCCUGGCAGCGCGUCCGCACAGCCAACAUGCUGGCCAGAACUGGUGACCAGUGGGGGGCCAUCAUGAAUGUGCAUAACUCAGGCACCUACAACAACCAGUACAUGAUCAUCAACCUGAACCUGAUUGAGCUGAAGAAGACCAUCCAUGACGGGGCGCUGUACGUGGUGGAACAGAUCCCAGGACUGGUCAUGUCAGCUGACCAGACAGACAUACUCCGGGCAGGCUACUGGCCAUCUUACAACGUCCCAUUCUACGAGAAAGUGUACAACAUGAGCGGGUACCCUGACAUUGCCAAGUCGCAGGGCCUGGACUACACGUACCAGCUGGCUCCCAGGGCCAAGAUCUUCCGCAGGGACGCAGGCAAGGUCAAGGACAUGGAGUCUAUGAAGGCCAUCAUGAGAUACAACGACUACCUCCACGACCCCUACUCCAAGGGCAACCCCUGUAGUACCAUUUGUUGCAGAAAGGACCUGGCAAAAGUUGGAGCUCAGCCAGAUGGCUGCUAUGACACAAAGGUGUCUGACUACCACAUGGCUAGAAACUUGACAUCGUUUGCCAUCAAUGGUCCAACACUGGGCACAGGCCUGGAGCCCUUCAGCUGGUCAGACAGGUUUAAGAUAUCACACGUAGGGCUGCCGAAGGUUUACAACUUCAGCUUUGUUACCAUGACACCUGAUGAACUUUGAACUAUGACAUCUAACAUUGGAUAUACUGAUCCCUGACAUAAGGAUGAAAUGAUAAUAUAAUUUGAUUAGUAAUUAAAUUAUAGUAGUCUGUAGGAUUUCUGCCCUUUUUUGCUUGUUUUUAGUGGUGC